ACCGACGGUAUCGAUAAGCGGUGCCAGCAACGAAAGCGAGGCCAUCUCGGAGCAGACCUGCCGGCCAAUUGAGACGCAGCCCCGGCACCUCGCUUUUCUUUUUAUCCGUCCGUUGCUAUUGGAAGUCGGCUGUUGUCUGAUAUGAUCCCCGUGGUGGAUUCACCGACUGCUCGUACCCCUCACGUCUUCGGCCGAUCAUGAGUGCGUCUGGCUCGCCCCCCGCCGCCGGCGACCAACCGGGGUCUCCGUCCCGAGACCCUGGAACUGUAUGGCAUCCCGCUAGGGAGUGGCUCGAGGCGGACGAGGACGAGGAUGACAUGGAUUAUGAAUCGGACUUGAUCGAUUCAGGCGACCGGGACGAACUAGAUGCUGAGCCGUACGAAGAUGAAGACGAAGACGCUGAUGCUGACAAUCAUCGCCUCGACCACGAAUUGCAUUUAGGGAAUAUACACAUCGAAUUCUCCAUGGAUGAGUCGGAUCAGGACCAGAACGCCGAGCCCCAGGAGGGAAGACAUAAUAGAGUUUCUGCAGCUCGACUCCUAAACCUGUUGGCUUCGAAUGGCCUGCGCCACAUUCUCCAUUAUAAUGGGCUCCACGACGCCACCGUUCCAGAUGAGGAGGAGGAUGACGAUUACGAAUUUGGCUUCUUCGGGUAUCGGCGACGAGCACGACGAUCGGGGGGCCAUCAGUUCCCCAAGAUUCCGAGCGACGAAGGAGCGAACCUGAUGGGAUCUGGCGAUUUCGGAUCGAACCCUCAUUACGUUGACAGAUUGAAGAAGCGCAAACGGUCCCUUGCAACGAAGAUAAUGUGGCGAGAGCUGGGGGUGAAUGUGUCGGGGACGCAGAGAAGGGACGUACAGUCAAUAACUCAGGGUCUCAUUCCUGGCUCCGCUGCGGAUAAGAUCAUUCACUACGACUCGCGGUGCUACUCGGGGCAGUUCUCGGACGACGGGAAUUUCUUCUUCUGCUGCGCCCAGGACUUCAAGGUCCGCAUGUACGACACCUCCAAUCCGUUUGAGUGGAAGUACUACAAGACCGUGGACUAUCCGUUUGGGCAAUGGACCAUCACCGAUGCCAGCCUGAGUCCGGACAACAAGUUCCUGGCGUACAGUUCGAUCCGGAACCUCGUUUGCCUUGCGCCCACGGACCCGGCGGAUACCUCAGACCCAGCUAUUCUAGAUCUAUCGUCGGUUUCAGGGAGGAGAGGUGGGCGCGGAGUGUAUGGCAGUUCUCAUUUUGGAAUCUGGUCCAUUCGAUUCUCGGGCGACGGCCGGGAGAUUGUGGCUGGCACAUCCGAUCAAUCGGUCAUCGUCUACGAUCUGGAAACACGCCAGUCCGUCCUGCGACUGCAGAACCACGAAGAUGAUGUGAAUGCGGUCUGCUUUGGAGACAAGUCGUCGCCCCAUAUCCUUUAUUCGGGCUCUGAUGAUACCACUCUGCGAGUGUGGGAUAGGCGCUCGAUGGGAGACGGGCGCGAGGCCGGCGUGUUCAUAGGACAUACAGAAGGGUUAACUUAUGUGGACAGCAAGGGUGACGGGCGAUACGUACUUUCCAACGGCAAAGAUCAAUCGAUGAAGUUGUGGGAUCUGAGGAAGAUGAUGACAACCGCAAAGUUCGACACGAUCGACGUCAACCGAUACACGACUGGCUUUGACUAUCGAUUCGAACCGUACCCCGAUGACUACUACGAAGCGCACCCCCAUGACUGCUCUGUGGUGACGUUCCGGGGCCACCGGGUCCUCAAGACUCUGAUCCGGUGCCAUUUCUCGCCCCCGGGGAGCACGAACUCGAGAUACGUGUAUUCGGGUAGUGAAGACGGUAAGGUCUACGUGUAUAAUUUGGAUGCCACUCUCGCAAGAACGAUCGAUGUUGGGACGGCGACAUCCAACUCGCGCCCGCGCGAUCCCGACAUCUUCACCGCUGCGUAUGAGAUCCGUAGCAGCCGCAGUGAUAUGCUGUGGAAAACGUGUGUUCGGGAUGCCAGCUGGCACCCGAACAGCCCUAUUUUGGCGGCGACUUCUUGGAAUGGCUGGGGAUUGUCCACUGGGACGUGCACCUUGCAUACUUGGAACGACGGGGCCGAGAGCGAUGAAGGCGACCCGCCGGUGGCGGGCAACUACGACAGCAAAUUGAAGCCGGUGCGUGAAUUCAACAUGUUCAAGGAGUCGAUGCAGAGGCGCAGUCGACCUGUCCAACGAUCCCCACUGGAUGAUGAGACGUACUAUGAGUUAUGGUGAUAGAUGGUUUUGGAUAUAUGGAUUCAGCAUUUCUUUUUCGGGUUGGGGCCGCCAAUGAGCGCGAACUGGCUGGACGAACACGAGGGCCAAAGUCUCCAGAGGGUGGUUGAAAUGGCAUAGGAAUGGCACAUAGAAUGUAAUUAGCUCGUAGCCCAGGAUAGUUUAUCGAUAACACGGCCACAUAUAUGCCAAAUCUAGG